UGCUCUAUCAGGCUCAGUUGCCUUUCAGCUGCAGUUCACCAAACAAGCAGGAGUCCAGCCAACAAAUUGCUCAGCAUCUAACAAGGAGGACCAUCCAAGAGGACAAAGACAAUUAUACACAAAAGCUGAGUCUUGCUCAUAUUAACACAUGGCCAGCAAGUCCAUGCGGACAUUCCUCCAGACCAUGUGUCUGGUGGCUUCAUUGUCCAUGGCGGUAUCUGACAAUUAUGACGAUGAUAUCGAAGUGGGCUUUGGACACAAUUAUUUUAAUGAAAUACCUGAUGAGGACCAGUUGGAAGACGAGACCCCCACACCGUCCCCUGAACCCUGCAAAAAUACAGCCUUUACCAAAUGGGAUAAGCUCUUCACAAUGCUGGAAAAUUCCCAAAUGAAAGAAAACAUGCUCCUGCAGUACGCCGAUGAUAUCAUCAAGGUGGAGCUGCAGAAUCUGAGAGGAGAGAUGAUACAGUUUGUGGCGCAGUAUGGUGGAUCUUGCGCAUCUGCAGUUGAGAGCUCGGUUCGACGGGCCGGGACUCAAACAGAGUCGCGCCUGCAGAACGCACUGGACCGUGCGCGAGAGGUUUCAGCUGAUCGGUACGAGCAGCAUGAUGCAGUCCUGCAGCAGCUACUGGCAGUCAGCGUAAACCAGGCCGCACAGCUGGAUCGGCUGGAGAAGGGCUGCUUGAAAUCGGGGGCUUUCAAAAACAUCCAAACUCGACAUCUCAUGCAGGAUGUGACAGAGACAGAGAAUGGUGGGAAGUUGGAAAAGAGUCUGGAAACCAUUUCCAGUGAGCUGCAAAGCAUCCGGGAACAGCUGAGCCUUUACACCAGAUCAGCUUUUGCUGAUAAGCUUCCAUCAGGAUGUGACACUGGACUGCUCUUCCCCACACGUUCAUCUAAAGCUCAUGCUGAAGUCUCGCCCCAUGGAUUGCUUAGGACCAAUGCAGUCACCAUCUGCCUUUGGGUGAAACCAACUCAGGUCUUCAACAAGACCCUCCUCUUUUCGUACAGCACAACUGGCAAUGCCUACGAACUCCAGUUGGUGUUGAGUGGACAGAGUGCAUCAUUUACUGUAGAUGGUGAAAGCCAUUUGGUGGAAGCUUCAGGAGCAGUGCAAGAGGGUCAGUGGGGGCACCUUUGUGCGUCCUGGAGCUCACAACAGGGCUUGGCCUCUUUGUGGGUGAACGGUCAACAAGCUGCAAGCUCCCCCGGUGUAGCUGAGGGUCAUGAAUUACGCAGCAAAGGAAGUAUCCUUCUUGGACAAGAGUAUGGACGUCACUAUAAGCAUCUCAGUACACCCGACACAUUUGACGCAGAGUUGGCCUUCACAGGGAAGAUGACCGGAGUAAACAUGUGGGACCGUGUUUUGGAUCCAAAAGAGGUUUCUCAACAGGCCAGGCUGUAUGGGACUGCUUGUGGUAUCCGUGGUAAUGUUGUGGCAUGGGGUGUGUCUGACAUUCAGCCAAAAGAGGGUGUCAAGUUGUUAUACUAAUUUGUGUACUUAACCCACUUCAACACCCUGAGCCCUGCACACCAAUCAGCUGCCAAGCAAGCAUUGUGUUGUGUUUAAAAGAAGUCUAGUAGUCAUCAAAUAGAUGUGGCUAAAACAAGGCUAAAUUUGGGAAAAUCUAAUAGGCGUCCAAAAAUAGACUAGGAACCAAAUAGACAAGAAUGAAUGACUACACAUUUCAAGUGUGUAUAAUCUGACUAUUUGAUGACUAGUUUAUUUUUGGACUAUUGUAAGACGUCUAUUAGAUUUUCACUGACAGCCCAAAUUUUGCCUUGUUUUAACAAAGAUGUCUAUCCAAGCAGGCACAGGACGUCAAGAUUGACGUUGUACCCCAACGUUGUGGGACGUUGCAUUUUCUUUGGGAACGAAAAGCAGCUUGACGAAACACAACGCCAGGCCGAAGUCAAUGUCCACCAUUGGACAGACGUUGCGUUUCAGUUACUUUCCAAUGCAACCUAAAAUAACAAAACAUUAACAUCUAAUGAUGUUACAUCUUGAUGUUAUGUGGAUGUUACCAAUAUGAUGUCUAUCAGAUGGAUUUUGGUUGCCAUAUCUGAUGAAUAAAUGUCAGUAUAUGACAUCAAUAUGACAUUGCUUUAAGAUCUUGGCAAGACUUUGGUCACUUUCCACCACAACCUAAAAUAAACCAAAUUUCAAAGUAAUUUCAAUAAUAAAAUAACAUUUUCCUUAGAUGCUGGUGACCUAAAUCUAACCUAAUAUUAACCUCUUAUGACAUUGUGUGUCUGCUGGGAUGUUUAGACAACUAUUAGAUGUCUUUUAAACACAAAAUUGCUUGGCAGGUGAGCUCCUACAAGCACAUAUUAAGAACAAGCUUUGCUGCACCUGCACACUACCCAUCAUUUUCCUUCUUUUCUUAGAUGUGCAGAAAAUGCUCCCUCAUAGGGAAAAUGUGAUUUAGGUUGAACUGGCUGUUAAAUGAUUUAAACUGCUGCAAAAAGAGGGACGUCAUAUACAACUUUUUUUUUUUAAUUACAAAAUUAUUUGAUGAAUGUUCUCAUCUUUAAAAAGUGUGAAAGGAUUGUUCAAAUAUAUAUAACGUAUCAUUAAACUAUUUAUCUUGAUUGGUAUUGUUUACAUUCAGAUUUUUAAACUAUUUGUAAUAUAAUCAUUCAUCAGUGUUAUUUUAUCUUAUGCAUUUGUUAAACUAUAGAUUAUCUAAUAGGUAUCUUGUGAUGGCCAUUUUUAAAUAUGUUGUUAUACGAGUUCUGCUAAUGCAUAACUUUUUUUUGUCGAAGACGGUUGCUUUGUUGAUGAUGAUGGAACUGUGGAAAAUGUUUACAAAUCUUGACUUUAUUUUUGUUUCCGCUGAUGUGAUUAAAUGUAUUAUAGAAUGUAAAUUGUUUUUGUUAAGAGGAUAAAAUGAAUGUAUAAUGUACAUAGAUCUUUUCCUGAGGACAGGGAGAAGCAAACCAUAAUAAAAAUGUAAACUAAAA